AUGGGAGAUAAGAAGGCGAUCACUGUUAAACUGCAGACUCUACGUCAUCAGUUUGAGACACUUCUGAUGAAGGAGAAGGAGACGAUGCAGGAGUAUCUGGCGAGAGUUUCAGCCAUUGUCAAUGAGAUGAAGUCGUAUGGUGAAUCCUUGUCCGGUUGUGAGUAA